AGCAAAUCCAAAGCCGAGUUCUAGUUUUACCAGGGCGAAUGUCAAAAACAGUAAUCCUACGGGUGUACACCAUCCUAUAUGCAUCCGUUUCAGGCGUCGGGUGCCGCCCUGGUGUAUAUUCAUGAUCGACGUCAUCUAAGUUCGCCGCGUCGACGAUGGCUGGUUCAAAUACUCCUUCGAAUGGUUUCACGACGUCCUUACGCACCUUGAUCCCAAAGUCUAUAUCACAUCCUCUACAAUGUCUCCAUCCUCGUUUCCUCAAAGCUUAUUUCGUUUGAAGGGCUCUAUCCGGGACUAUGAUUGGGGAAAGCAAGGAUCCGCUUCCCUCGUCGCAAAACUCGGGAAGAACGCCAUGGGCCCUGGCUUUUCCGUUGACGACGACAAAUACUAUGCAGAGCUAUGGAUGGGCACUCAUCCUAAUGGACCCUCGCACCUCUUUUCCUCCCCUUCGACAUCCGUGCUUGACGUGAUCAAAUCGAACCCUGCACACUACCUCGGUCCCACCUUACUUCAGAAAUGGCCGUCUACCACCCAUGUCCCUUUCCUAUUCAAGAUUCUAUCCAUCGGCAAGGCGCUUCCCUUACAAGCUCAUCCGGACAAGAGUUUGGGUGAAGAGUUGAAUAGGGAGAAUCCUCGAGAGUUCGUAGAUGCCAAUCACAAACCUGAAAUUGCUGUUGCCGUUGGAGAGCCUCUCGGAAACGGUAACGGUGGGGGAUGGGGUGAAGGCGUCGUUUUCACUGGUUUCGUUGGCUUCAAGCCUCUUCAGGAAAUUAGGGACUUAGUUCAGAACCUCCCCGAGCUGCAGCGAGCAAUCGGUGACGAGAGACUUGCCAAAGCGUUUCUCGAUAAUCCGACUAAGGCUGCUUUGAACGCCAUCUUCAGUUCACUCAUCAACCGAGGAGCAAAUAGCCCGGACCUUGUGAAGAAGGAAGUCCUUGCGCUCAUAGGCAGACUGGAGGCUGGUCCUCGGGAUAUCUUAGGUACAGGGGUCCAGGCAACUGAACUUGCCAAACUACUGGUCAAGAUCAACGCACAGUACCCCGGAGAUGUUGGCGUGUUCGCUACCUCGUUCUUCAUGAACUUUGUCAAGCUGCAGAAGGGUGAGUCCGUGUACAUCGGUGCCGAUGAAAUCCACGCGUAUCUUGAAGGAGACAUCAUUGAGUGUAUGGCAGUAUCGGACAACGUGCUCAAUGGGGCUUUCGUCCCCCAAGCUCAAGCAAAACAACACGUCCCAACGUUCCUCUCGAUGCUCACAUACACUUCCGCACCACCUAACUACUGGGCUCUUCCUGCUAACGUCUAUGGCAAGUCGAAGACCGGGAAGACGCGAGUAUAUGCGCCCCCUGUGGAGGAGUUCGUUGUGUUAGUGACCCAACUUACCAAGGGAAGCGACCAGACAGAGAGAUUGGACGCCGUGGGUGGACCUACCAUUGGUGUUGUCACCAAGGGCAGAAUCGCGUUCACUGUCUCAAGUUCUCAGGAGAAGGAGGAACUCGAUGAAGGGGGCAUUGUGUAUGUUGUCCCUGGCAGGGAUAUCACAGUCGAGCUGCUUAGUGGCGAUGCUGGGGAGGUAUGGUGGGCUGCGAAUUCUGUGUAAUUCUUUCGCUCCAUUUUGGAAACAUUGUCAAGCACUAGAGCCUAGAAAUGAUUCACAUCAGUUAAUACUACAGGUGACCGAGACCGCGCUUUGUUGUCUUGCGUCCACAAGGACAUUGCCAUAAAUAGAAAUACUAUGGACAGAUUUGGUAAUACAAACGGGAGCUGCGUGAAUGUGGUUGUUAGGACCCAAGGUAUUCGUCACCGCGCCCCAUCAAAAAAAGGAUAACCACCCCGUUCGUAACACAUAAGGUCAUCCAACGGCAUUCAUGUUGGAUGUUGACGACUCAAUUGCAUGCUUACUAUUUAUUGUUCCAGCGUUAUGUGACUUGCUGCAAUAACAAAUGUAAGAUCAGAAAUACAUAAAAAAGUGUCCC